GCUGGACUCAUUAUUGGCCAUGCUGGUUGUGUAAUCACGAUCAGUAACAACUGCAACUACAUGGUGACAGCAUGUUCUCAAACCGGGCAACAGAACAUUGAUCAGUACGAUCUGAGUGCCGGAACCUCACAAGCUAUCGAUCUGGGCACGGCUUGUAGCUGGCCAUCUGCUGUUGUGUAUGCUUCCGUGACGGGACAAUCCAACUUAGCUGAGUUCACAAUCGGUGGCUCUGGCAAUCAAGACUUCUACGACUUGAAUAACGCUAAUGCGUACACCAUUCCCAUGUCCAUCAAUGCGCCCACGGGCUGUACCACCAUAACCUGUUCCAUCAGCGACAUCAGUUCUUUCUGUCAGCCCAACAACGAUAUACAAACACUACCCACUGGUGCCCGAGUCAACACCGAUGGAACUGCCGGGCUGGGACCGACAGCCGGCACGAUGCAGUUCAAAGCAGCAUGUCCCCAAGCUUACAUCUACAACUUCGACGAUGCCACCUCUACGUUCACGUGUCCCACUGGCUCCGAUUAUGAAGUCGUGUUUUGCCCUUGACACUUUUCAGCUUUGCCACUGCUUUAGUAUGACACGGUGACGUUC